AUGGCGACCCCGGACGGCUUCCUAACAACACCCACCAAAACCCCAACAGCGGAAAAAACCACCUCUUCCAUUUCCAAAAGGAACCCCCACCAAUCAUCAGGAGACCCUUCGAACCGAUCAUCUACUUUGGCUUCCGAAUUCAAGAACCGAUUCGAAGCCUACAAUCGGCUCCAGGCGGCCGCGGUGGCCUUCGGAGAGAAGCUCCCAAUCCCCGAGAUCGUCGCUCUCGGUGGCCAAUCCGAUGGCAAAAGCUCUCUGCUCGAAGCCCUUCUCGGGUUCCGUUUCAAUGUUCGUGAGGUCGAGAUGGGCACCAGAAGGCCUCUCAUUCUCCAGAUGGUCCACGAUCCUACAGCAUUGGAGCCACGUUGCCGGUUUCAGGAGGAGGAUUCAGAAGACUAUGGAAGUCCUAUUGUUUCAGCAACAUCAAUUGCGGAUACCAUAAAAUCACGAACAGAAGCACUUUUGAAGAAGUCUAAAAGCGCAGUUUCUUCUAAGCCAAUUGUGAUGAGAGCUGAAUAUUCCCAUUGUCCUAAUCUCACCAUCAUUGACACUCCUGGAUUUGUUCUCAAGGCAAAGAAGGGUGAAUCAGAGAACACACCUGAUGACAUACUCUCAAUGGUGAAGUCAUUGGCUAGUCCGCCCCAUCGUAUACUUUUAUUUCUUCAACAGAGUAGUGUGGAAUGGUGCUCUUCUUUGUGGUUGGAUACCAUUCGCGAAAUCGAUCCAACCUUCAGAAGGACAAUAGUUGUGGUCUCCAAAUUUGAUAAUCGGCUCAAGGAGUUUAAUGACCGGUGGGAAGUGGAUCGGUAUCUUAGUACAAGUGGGUACCUUGGAGAGAACACUCGACCAUAUUUUGUGGCCCUGCCAAAAGAGAGAAGCACAGUUUCAAAUGAUGUAUUCCGUAGGCAGAUAUCUCAGGUGGACGCAGAAGUAUUACACCAUCUGCGUGAUAGCGUUAAAGGAGGGUUUGAUGAAGAAAAGUACAGGUCCCAUAUUGGGUUUGGCUGUCUCAGGGAUUAUUUGGAAUCUGAGCUUCAAAGGCGAUACAAAGAUGCUGCACCAGCAACACUGGCUUUGCUUGAACAGCGGUGCCGUGAAGUCACAGCUGAGCUAGCCAGAAUGGACUCCAAAAUACAGGCCACGUCUGACGUUGCACACCUUCGGAGAUCUGCUAUGUUGCAUUCUGCUUCUAUCUGCAGUCAUGUGGGGGCACUAAUUGAUGGGGCUGCUGAUCCUGAUCCAGUGCAAUGGGGAAAAACAACAAAGGAGGAGCAGUCAGAGAGUGGCAUUGGAAGCUGGCCUGGCAUUACAGCAGAUAUAAGAACUCCCAAUGCCACACUUCGUCUCUAUGGGGGAGCUGCUUUUGAAAGAGUGAUUCAUGAAUUUCGCUGUGCUGCAUAUUCCAUUGAAUGCCCCCACGUAUCAAGGGAGAAGGUUGCAAAUAUAUUACUGGCCCAUGCUGGCCGGGGUGGAGGUAGAGGAUUUACAGAGGCUGCUGCUGAGGUUGCACGUGCUGCUGCCCGGUCAUGGCUUGCUCCUCUUCUUGAUACAGCAUGUGAUCGGCUUGCUUUUGUUUUGGGGAACCUCUUUGAUCUUGCUGUUGAGAGAAAUCGCCACCAUGACUUUGCCUGUAUGGAGUUAUCUACUUUCCCCCCUUUUCAGAUCUUCCCUUUGUCGAUUGUCUUCUUCUGUUUAGUUAGAGGAUUUUGA